AUGUGGUCUCAUCAAUCCUCCAUCUCGAUCACCACCUCGCCACACGAGGACCCAGAAACCAUGCGCAAAGUGAUGGACACGCAUAUCGAAAGAGUCUUUGGAGAAUUCGACGAAGCCACCCGCGGCAAGACAAUGGAGCCUCUCUAUCACGAAGACGUCACUUGGUUCCAGCCCGCCGAGUACUCGGGAGAACACGCCAUUGUUCGAGGCAGAGACAACGUCAACGCGACGAUUCAAAAAGAACAGACUCAAUUCCCUGGCUUCUUCAUAACACACGACAAAGAAGGGUACAUUGCCGUCGCGCAGAAUCUGGGUAUCGUGCACUGGCAGCUGGGGCCGCGGGAGCAGCCGGACAUGAUCAAAGCAUGUCACUAUAUCUUGUUUGAGGAUGGAAAGAUCAAGGCGUUUUGGACUGCGCAUUUGAAGAUGCCUGAAGGGCCGCCGUCUUGA